ACGAAAUGAGGACACCGAUUCGGAGCCGGAGUCUGAGGAAGAGGAGGAUGACGAUGAUGAUGAGGACUACUUCCCUCAGAGGAGGAGCUGUCAGACACUGAUAGGUCAGAAGCAAUUGCAACAUAUUCCUUCAUUUGUUCAAAUAGCCUCUUUUAUCACAGUAUCAUAACAGUAAAACACAUUUGUUGAAAUCCCUAAUGUGGCAUCACAGCUUUAUGUGCAAACCAAUUUUUUUUCAAUCUUUACCUAGUGAUGACUUGGAGACAGAGGAGAUUCAUCUGCCAGAUGAGUCAGUACCACCCCAGGAAGAGAGAAAGUACCUUGUCUUCCAUUCAGCUCUUCUGCAGCUUUUCUCUCUCUGCCUACUCUGUGGUAGUGGAAAGCAGAAGCUUCGCCUCGAGACCAUUGGGUCCUUCCUGUCCAUCACACAGAUUUGUACCUUGUGCGAACAUGUGAGGACAUGGAGCAGCCAGCCAUUCAUACGCAACACACCAGCUGGGAACUUGCUGAUCUCUGCAGCAGUUCUUUUUGCAGGUAUUGAAUUACUUCCUGUCAAUCAUGUCUAAAGUCAUAUAAACUGAACCUUUAAAGCCACAUUGCAAGGAGGUUUACAGAUGAGUUAAUGUUAAUUUGUGUAUAAGUACAUACUGUCCCAUUAUUAUUAUUAUUAUUAUACUAUAUACACAGAUUGAUGUAGGUAACCAAUAAAAUUGUCAAAUAGACAAAUCACAAUGAAUUUGUAUGCUUUCAAACAGGGGCAAUACCACAACAGGCGUUGAACGUCUUUGCCUGCCUUCGCCUACACUGUAUCUCAGCUAGAACUUUCUUCCGGCACCAACGUAUGACCCUCCACUUGGCAAUCAAGAACGUCUGGAGUAGGAAACAGGAAGGCAUGUUUGCAGCCCUGCAUGAAGGAGGACAGGCACUGAUACUGGGAGGUGAUGGCAGGGCUGACAGCCCUGGACAUUCAGCCAAAUAUGGGUCUUACACCCUUAUGGAUUUGAGGACUAAAAAGAUUCUUACCCUACAGUUGGUUCAGAGCAAUGAAGUCGGAUCAAGCAAUGCUAUGGAGAAGGAGGGUCUGGCUAGGGCGAUUGACUUCAUAAGGAGGAACUGCACAUUGCAGAUCGGCAAGAUCGUCACUGAUCGCCACCUACAGAUCGCCAAAUGGAUAAGGGAAAACCUGCCAGAAACAUGUCAUCUGUAUGACAUCUGGCACAUUGCUAAAGGUCUCAGGAAGAAGCUUUCUGCCUUGGCAAAGCAGAAGGAGUGUGAGGUAGUAGGUGAUUGGACAAACUCCAUUGUCAAUCACCUAUACUGGUGUUCCACAACAACUAGGGAAGGUGCUGGUGACUUGGUGGAGGGCAAGUGGUUGUCUCUUGACAACCACUUGCACAAUGUUCACAGUGGCCACAGUGAAGCCUUCCCACAGUGUGCCCAUGGGCCCUUGCGCAGACAGUGGCUUAAACCGAACACAAAGGCCAGUGUUAAGCUUUCUGCUAUCAUUACAAAGAAAAGCCUUCUGAAGGACAUCCGAAAGCUGUCACCCAAAUACCAGACCGCACACUUGGAGGCAUUCCAUAGUACAAUCAACCACUUUGCUCCAAAAUGGGCAGCAUUCUUUUACAUGGGGAUGUUGUCAAGGCUCCAUCUGGCUGCUCUGCACCACAACGAAAACUGUGGGCGGGGACAGGCCAGAAACAAGGAUGGGGAGAGAAUCUAUAAGAUCAGGUAUAAAAAGUUCAAGAAGUCAUGCACAGUGCAGGCAGUGCAAGGGAGCUGCACGUUUGACUAUGUGACUGAACUCACAGAAGAAGCAGUGAGGCUCUGCGAAGAAGCUAUCGUGGAUGAUGAUCUGAUGGAAAUACCACCAACCCUUACAAGUACUAGUGGUGCUGACAGGCUGAACAAAGAAGCUGCCAUCCAGGCCCACAGAACAAGAUUCAGCAUUGAUGAAUAGUAGUAAAAGUACAGUUCUUCUUCUGCAGUACAGUAGUGUAGUAAUAAAGCACACAUGUAGUAGUAGUACAAGUUAGCAUCCUUCCAUAUCAAGAGAGGAUGGUUUCACUGUGCUGUCAUGGCUGUAAAUUUCUUGUAUACAUGUAUAUAUUGAGACACCCUUAACUUUGAACCCUGAUCAACAUUUGAACCAACUUAGGUAAACUUAUACUUCUAACAAGUUCUAUUCUGUGGCUGACAACAUUAGCCUUCCAUUACUACUAAUUCAGUGGAGGGUACUGGAAUCCUGUGUAUUGUGCUGACGGAAAGGUGUCCCUGAUCUUUGUCACUGCACAUGCAGGGAGGACCACUCUCACUUCUCUUCCCAGCCACCCCCAGCACCAACGCACCAACUGGCGGUAGGCAAUGUACCGGUACCUCCUAAAUUGGACGGCUUGGUUAAUUUUUUUUACAUUAUCCAUUGUAGCAACUAAACUGUGAACUUGUAUAAGUCUGUAUCAAAUUUAUAAGGACUACAGAUUACUAGUAGAUAACGAACUUCACUGGUUAACUGAAACUGUGCACAUCAGUUCUAUAGGAAACAGGAAAAUAUUUCCACCGUGAUUGAACAGUGACUGCUGGUACUAAAUUUAAAUUGAGUGGUCAUAAGAUACAUACCCUCAGUAAACUUGUACUGCUGAAGUAAUGCA